GGCUUGUGGCUUUUUGGCUUUGGUUUCAGCUUUCUCUGAAAGGGGUUUUCAUGGAGGACUUUAAACAUAACUUAAGGGUGACACAGUAAUGCUAGAAGCAUGGGGAAAAAAGGCAGUUGGUUUUAUGCCCUCAAAAGGGUUUUUACGUGUAACUCCAAGAAGAAGUCUGCCUAUGGAUCAGGGAAGAAAACUGCCAAGGAAAAGAAGAAGGGUCGUAGAAUACUGAGGCAUGGAGAGUUCAAAUCAUUCCUCUUCAGAGAACCAAGCAGUAUUGAGAAAAUACUGGGGGAGGUUGAUGAUCAGAACCUACUUGUUAGGCCUCCUACUUCUGAACAAUCUGACAUUCCAUCUGCAUUCCCUGUGACACCAACUUCUCCAAGAAUCAAUUCACCUAGAGAUGCAUCUCCUCGGACUUCUUAUAGGGCUACAUCUCCUGGUGCCACUUCUCCAAGGAUCGCCUCUCCGAGGGCCGCUUCUCCAAGGGUCAUCUCUUCUAACGCAGCUUCUCCAAAGGUUAGCUCUCCCAAGGAAGCUUCUCCAAAGGCUACCUCUCUGAGGGCAGCUUCUCCAAAGGCUACCUCUCCCAGGGAAGCUUCUCCAAAGGCUACCUCUGCUAGUGCUCCUUCCCUAAAGGCUUUCUCUCCUACGGAAGCUUCUCCAAGGGCAACCUCUGCUAGUGCUCCUUCCCCAAAGGCUACUGCUCCUAGGGAGGCUUCUCCAAGGGUCUCUUCCCCUAGAUCUACUUAUCCAGAGCUGAGUAGGAACCAUAAUGUGAUUAGCUAUGCUAACAGACCAGAACCAACUUUGACGCUCCAUCUUUCAGCAACCAAGAUACAGGCAGCCUACAGAAGUUACAUGGCAAGGAGGGGUUUCAAAUCUUUGAGUGGUUUAGCAAGACUUCAAGGAGUGGUCAGAAGCAGAAGUGUAAAGCGGCAGACAGUAAAUGCCAUGAAACAAAUGCAACUUCUAGGUAGGGUUCAAAUGCAAAUUCAGUCAAGGAGGAGUCAGAUGUUCCAGGCACUCCAUAGUCAAGCAUACAUGAAUGAUAAAGAAGUUGAGAGCACUCUAAGCAAAUGGACUCAGCUGACUGAAGCAGGUAACCAUGAUGAUUGGAAUAAUAGUAUGCUAACUAAAGAUGAGGUAGAAGCAAGGCGGCGGGAAAAAGUGGAGGCAGUCAUGAAGAGGGAGAGAGCAAUGAGCUAUGCAUAUUCUCACCAGUUGUGGAGAGGCAACCCCAAAUCAGCUACGGACGUCCGAACCAGUGGAAUUCCUUGGUGGUGGAACUGGUUGGACCAUCAGCUACUUCCAGGAAAUGAUUCCGAGAGCCAAUCUGCUGUAAAAGACGUCCAUUCAACACCAUCAAGGGCAAUAUCGGAACACAAGCCAAGUCCAUGGCGUCUAAGUCAAAACUUCAGACACCUCCAUUUGGAUUAUGACAGUCAUGAAUCAGUUACACCAAGAUCAACUAAGUCUGCAGUUCCAUUAAGGGGAAAACUAAUGCAUACUCCCAGAAGAACAUCAUCACCAAUGAGCAGCUCGAGCGUAUCAAAGUAUUCAAGACGCCGUGCUGCUGAUUCCCCUUUCAAUCAUUCCAUGAAGGAUGACGAUAGCCUCACGAGCUGUCCUCCUUUUUCAGGUCCAAGUUACAUGUCACCAACCAUCUCAGCCAAAGCUAAAUUCAGAGGAAAAACCAUUCUUGAGGAGAGAAAUAUAGGUACCCCAUCAAACAGCUCGAGGAGGAGGCUGUCGUUUCCAUUGACUCCAAGUAGUACUGGAUCCGUCAAGUGGAACAAAGGGUCUGGAAAGGAUGCUGCUUCUUUAAAGGAACAUGAAUCUAUGGGAGAUCAUAUGAGUGUGCAUUCUACUGGUUCGACGCCCACUGUAGUUGGGAGGAAACCAUUUCAAAGAUUUGUGUAAUUUUGUUCCCUGUAUGUCCAUCUGUAUUUAGCUCUGAAGGUACCUAUGUUUCUUUUUUCUUUUCUUCUUUUUGAUGUGUAUUUAUUGGUGUAUUUUGUUAACAGAGCACUAAUGUAAAAUAAUUAAGUGUGAACAUUCUCUUGUUUGUUAGACUUCUCUAGUGAAGGAAGAAAGGAUAAUUAGUAUAUUUUUAA